GGUAUUUUCGCGUUUGUAGCGAACCUUCUCACUGAAGUGAGUCCAGUCAAAGAUUUUAAGGUAAUUUUUGGCUUUCUAAUUGUUUAAACGCUUACUUAUCGACGGAUAUUGCGGGUUUUGAUCGUGUCCUGCGCACUUCCUGGUGCCCAUACGCACCAGCAAUCCGAUAGUCCUGAAGUCUGGCCGAAAAACCAAAACAAACAAAGAAGACAACUACGCAGAAGACGAACAAAAACAAUGUCGGAAACAUACGAUUACCUGUUCAAGUUCCUGAUAAUUGGCAGUGCUGGCAGCGGUAAGAGUUGUCUGUUGCAUCACUUCAUCGAGAGCAAGUUCAAAGACGACAGUUCGCACACCAUCGGAGUGGAGUUCGGCUCGCGGAUUGUGAACGUGGGCGGCAAGUCGGUAAAGCUACAGAUAUGGGACACAGCCGGUCAGGAGAGAUUCCGAUCGGUGACAAGAUCGUACUAUCGCGGAGCAGCCGGAGCUCUCCUGGUCUACGAUGCCACUUCGCGGGACUCUUUCAAUGCUUUGACAAACUGGCUGAAUGAUGCUCGCACUCUGGCCAGCCCAAAUAUUGUGAUCCUUUUGGUGGGCAAUAAAAAGGACUUGGAGGAGGCGCGUGAUGUGACCUUUCUGGAAGCAAGCACCUUUGCCCAAGAGAACGAGCUUAUCUUCCUGGAGACGAGCGCCAAGACGGGGGAGAAUGUUGAAGAGGCCUUUCUCAAGUGCUCAAAGACCAUACUGGCCAAAAUUGAGACCGGAGAGCUGGAUCCCGAGCGCAUCGGCAGCGGUAUUCAGUACGGCGGAGCUGCUCUCCGUAACUUACAGACACGACAGCGCAGCAUCAAUAAGCCGGAUUGCACCUGUCGCGUUUAAGUCGCAUAAGUUGUGCUGAUUUAUUUCCAUUUAAUCUCAAACCGGAAUGCGCAUUCGGAUUACCCCUUAGUUGUAUUGUGUACUUGUGUGUGUCCACUUUUUUAGUAUGUAUUUUGUCUUGCUAGAUUAAUCAUUCCAAUUGUAAGCAUAAUGCUAAUCGAUUUGUUUUUUAACAUAACCAAUUACCACUUUGAAAACCUAUGAUUUCGGGUUAACCCCAAAUGUUACUUACUAUAAUUUGUAAUUCGUGAAGCACUAGAGCCCUCGAGCAACAAAUGAUGUAUGGCUAUAAGCACAUGGAUCUGAUCUAGAGGAUGAACAGAAUACACUCGGCAUUUUUAAUGUAAAUAAGUAGCGAUACGCCGUUGACGACGUCGCCGAUUGUAAAUCCCAUUGAAGCAUGCACGCGGUAAAUAAAAACGCCCAUUGAUAAAUUC